AAUAUCAGGUUGAGAAUCCACAUCCAAAAUCACCACCAAUGAGAUGUUGCUGACUAGUGCAUAUCCUAAUCCACAACAUCUUAUGAUUUCCACCGUGUUUACUCUCUACGCUUCUAUAAACCAUUGCAGCCUUUCCUUAUUCUUCACAACACUCACUAGCUAGUAGCAACAAAGGGAACAAACAACACAAUCAUGGCCACCUCUGCUAUCCAACAAUCAGCAUUCACUGGCAAGACUGGUUUGAGGCAGGGAAAUGAGUUCAUCCGGAAGGCUGGUAGCUUUGGCCAAGGUCGGUUUACCAUGCGUCGUACUGUGAAGAGUACUCCUGAGAGCAUCUGGUAUGGCCCUGACCGUCCCAAAUACUUGGGUCCCUUCUCUGAACAAAUUCCAUCAUACUUGACUGGUGAAUUUCCUGGGGACUAUGGAUGGGACACAGCUGGAUUAUCAGCUGACCCUGAAACCUUUGCAAGGAACCGUGAGCUGGAAGUAAUUCACAGCAGAUGGGCUAUGCUUGGUGCAUUGGGAUGUACCUUCCCUGAAAUCCUUGAAAAGAAUGGUGUUAAAUUUGGUGAGGCAGUGUGGUUUAAGGCCGGUGCCCAAAUUUUCUCCGAAGGUGGUCUUGACUAUUUGGGCAACCCAAAUCUGAUUCAUGCUCAGAGCAUUCUUGCAAUCUGGGCUACUCAGGUUGUGCUCAUGGGAUUUGUUGAAGGCUACAGGGUUGGUGGAGGACCACUUGGUGAAGGACUAGACCCACUUUACCCUGGCGGUGCCUUUGACCCACUUGGUCUGGCUGAUGACCCUGAUGCAUUUGCAGAAUUGAAGGUGAAGGAAAUCAAGAAUGGUCGGUUGGCCAUGACCUCCAUGUUUGGUUUCUUUGUUCAGGCCAUUGUUACUGGCAAAGGCCCUAUUCAGAACCUUUACGACCAUGUUGCUGACCCUGUCGCCAAUAAUGCGUGGGCUUUUGCUACUAACUUUGUCCCUGGACAAUGAGAAUGCCAUAUAAUGCCUGUUUUGUCAGAUGCAAUCUUCUGCUCUCAUUUGCAUUUCUGUUGUGUUUAACUCCCAUUUUCACCAAUGUAACUACAUGAGCAGAAGAACCUGUAUGUUGUUGAUUAUAUAUUAGAAAUAUGGAUUCCAAGAAAUAUCAAAUCUUGUGCACGAAUUUAGCAUA